GAGUUCCCCUCUGCCUUGCGCGCUUCCCCGCCUACCCCGAGCGGCUCAGGUGUCCUGUCGUGCUCACCUGCGCCGGUCGCUGGACCGCGGGGCGCUAACCCUGGAGAGCCCAGGAGCGGGCGGGACAUGAGACGGGAUCUCGCUAUGCAGCCCAGGCUGGUCGCCAACUCCUGGCCCUAAGCAAUCCUCACACCUGAGCCUCUCAAAGUACUGGGAUUGCAGGCAUGAGCCACCAGCCUUAGCUUAAUGAUGUUUUCAGAUUUUUCAGUGUUUCCCCACCCUCAUACCUGCUGUUUCUCAGUAAUUCUUUGUAAGUCUCUGGCAGAGGCUGUCAUUGCGCUUUGCUCCCUGUUGGGAAGGUACUCACGGCAUUGAGUGUACCGCACUUUUUCAUACUGUUGGUCACCUCUCACAAGGACAUAAGCUCUGUGUGGCUCAGUUCCCCAGGCUGUCAGCCUCACCUCUCUUCCUGCGCACAUGGGGGAGGCGGCGCCUUUGCUGAAGUGGGAUGUGUGGAAUGUUUUAGGACUCUGUGGUCUUUGAGGAAGUGGCUGUGAACUUUACCCCAGAAGAGUGGGCAUUGCUGGAUCAUGCUCAGAGGAGCCUCUACAGAGAUGUGAUGCUGGAGACCUGCAGGAACCUGGCCUCCUUGGAUUGUUACAUUUAUGUUAGAACCAGUGGAUCAAGUUCUCAGAGGGACGUUUUUGGGAAUGGAAUAUCCAAUGAUGAAGAAAUUGUAAAGUUCACAGGAAGUGAUUCCUGGUCUCUUUUUGGAGAAAAUUGGAGAUUUGAUAACAUUGGAGAUCAGCACCAAAUCCCACAGAGGCAUCUGAGAAGUCAGCUGUGGAGACUCUGUGAAAGUAAUGAAGGUCAUCAAUGCGGAGAGACCUUGAGCCAGACUGCGAACCUUCUUGUGCACAAGAGUUACCCUACCGAAGCUAAACCCUCUGAGUGCACUAAGUGUGGCAAAGCCUUCGAGAAUCGGCAGAGAUCUCACACCGGACAGAGACCGUGUAAGGAAUGUGGGCAAGCCUGCAGCUGCCUCUCCUGCCAAAGCCCUCCUAUGAAAACGCAGACUGUAGAGAAACCCUGUAAUUGCCAGGACUCAAGGACAGCAUCUGCGACAUACGUGAAAAGUCUCAGCAGUAAAAAGUCUUAUGAAUGUAAGAAAUGUGGAAAAGCUUUCACUUGUCCCUCAUCUUUCAGGGCACAUGUGAAUAGUCACCAUGGGCAGAAAACCCAUGCAUGUAAAGUAUGUGGGAAGACCUUUAUGUAUUACUCCUACCUUACACGGCACAUAAGAACUCACACAGGAGAGAAACCCUAUGAGUGUAAGGAGUGUGGGAAAGCCUUCAGCUGUCCCUCAUACUUUCGAGAACAUGUCAGAACACACACUGGAGAGAAACCAUAUGAAUGUAAGCAUUGUGGAAAAUCAUUCAGCUGUUACUCCUCCUUUAGAGAUCACGUGAGGACGCACACUGGAGAGAAACCCUGUCGGUGUAAACAUUGCGGAAAAGCGUUCACUUGUUACUCGUCUCUUCGAGAACAUGGGAGAACGCACAGUGGAGAGAAACCCUAUGAAUGUAAGGAAUGCGGCAAAGCCUUCAGGUACCCCUCCUCUCUGCGAGCACACAUGAGAAUGCACACUGGAGAGAAGCCCUAUGUGUGCAAGCAGUGUGGGAAGGCCUUCGGAUGUCCCACUUACUUUAGAAGACAUGUGAAAACACACAGCGGGGUGAAGCCCUAUGAAUGUAAAGAGUGUGGGAAAGCCUACAGUUUUUCCUCCUCCCUUCGAAUCCACGUGAGGACGCAUACUGGAGAGAAGCCCUUUGAGUGUAAGCAUUGUGGGAAAGCCUUCAGCUGUCACUCCUCCCUUCGAGAGCAUGUGCGAACCCACAGCGGAGAGAAACCGUAUGAAUGUAAUCAAUGUGGGAAAGCCUUCAGCCACGCUCAGUACUUUCAAAAGCAUGUGAGAUCACACAGUGGGGUCAAACCCUACGAAUGUACUGAAUGUGGGAAAGCCUACAGUUGUUCCUCGUCCCUUCGUGUGCACGUGAGAACGCACACUGGAGAGAGACCAUAUGAAUGCAAGCAGUGUGGGAAAACCUUCAGGUAUCUCGCAUCACUUCAAGCACAUGUGAGAACACAUGCUGGAGCGUGAAUCUACGAAUACAGUGGACCUGGGAGAGUGUUCAACCGUAAAACCUUGUUGUAAAUGUGAGAAACGUUAUUUAUGUAGAGCAUGUAGGAAAACCUGGUAUAGCACUUAUUUUGUACCUAAAAACUCAGAGUAGGAGAGAAAUCUCUUAAUUAUGAUUAAUAUGGUAUUGCCUUUACAUGCCUCAGCCUUAAUAGUGAUUCCUUGUGUAUUAAUUUCUAGUGUAUGUUUGUGAUGUAAACAUUUAAUAAAUAUCCUGUUUUGUACACUUUCA